AUGUCGGCCGCAGAUAGCUUCACGUUAUUCGGGGCUCUGCCCCUUGAAUUACGCCAGCAAAUUUGGUGCGAAGCGCUGUCCGUUCGCACUGUCUGGGCUGCGAUUCGCAACCCGGCCGGCGUGAACCAUGCACAGUUCAGCAUGGCCUACAUUGGCCCGGCGCCGUACUUAGCUGGCCUAUCUUCCAAAGAAGCUCGGCGGCUGCUGGAACAAACGUACAUGAAACCCAUUCGCCGGCCAAGCGCCGGCGUGUACUGGGUGGAUAUGGACCAUACAGUCGUAUAUCUGGGCGACUUUUCUGACACGAUGAAAGUCAUAGACAGCUUUCAUGCUGAUGAUCUAUGCAGGUUCAAGCACGUUGCUUUGGAAUGGACCCAAUUUGACAGGCUUGCCAGGGCCUGCCAACAUCUAGCGAGGACAUGUCCGGCUCUUUGCACGAUUAUUGUUCAUCAGGCUGAAACCAAGGCCCGGGCCGUGGCGGGCGGUCCUUCCUCUAGAUCCCUGAGCCUGGAAACGGCCGCUGAAUAUGCUAAUAUUCCUAGCCGCAACAAUUCAGAAUUGGGAUACAAAGGGCUAGACACCGACUACUUGCGGUCACUUCUCAUGGCAUACUUUGGUGCUUCGCCUCCCCGGUUGCAUAUGCUACCACCAGGCUCGGCCAAAACUUCAUACUGGUCUUGA